AUGUUGUUCAAAUUUAUUAUUCUUUUCGUUACGGUCAAUUUACUUGUCGAAUUCGGCAAUGCUAACAACCUUCGUAUUCGUCCACGAAGACCACGACCUCAUACAACUACUGAAGAUUCCGAUGAAGAUAAAAAACGUGGUCCAAUUGAUUGUGCUGCAAUUUAUCGCGAUCAAGAACGCGAAGAUUUAGAUAGUACCAAUGGUGUUUAUGAGAUAUAUCCACGAGAUAUUACAUCAUUCGAAGUCUUCUGUGAUAUGGAAAAUGAUGGCGGUGGUUGGACUUUAAUACAACGUCGAGGUGAAUUUAGACAUCAAGAAGACUUUUAUCGAGAUUGGAACGAAUAUAAAAAUGGUUUCGGAAAUAUUACACGUGAAUUUUGGUUAGGAAACGAUAAAAUUUAUACCUUAACAAAUCAAGAUAAAUAUGAUUUACGAUUCGAUCUUGAAGAUUACGAAGGAUUAAAACGAUUUGCUGUUUAUUCUGGUUUUCGUAUUGGUGAUGAAUCAACUGGUUACCAAAUGACAUACGAUGCAUUUCUUAAAGGUGAUGCUGGUGACUCAUUAAGUUCACAUAAGGACAUGAAAUUUACAACUAAAGAUCGAGAUAAUGAUUUAAGUACACAAUAUGGUAACUGUGCUCAAACAUAUAAAGGUGCUUGGUGGUAUAAAGAUUGUCAUUUGUCAAAUCCAAAUGGUGAACGAAAGAAUAAUAAACUUGGUGAAGGAUUAGAUUGGUAUUCAUGGCAUGGUUAUUAUUAUUCAUUAAACAAAAUUGAAAUCAAAAUUCGUCCAUCUAACUUCAAAAAAUUAUAA